UUCAUUCCAGGUUACGGCGACUGCGCCAGAUGUUUCUACUGUGGCGGUGGUCUGAGGAACUGGGAGGACGAAGAUGACGUGUGGGUGGAGCACGCGAGAUGGUUUCCUAAAUGUGCCUACAUCCGUCAGCAGAUGGGACAAGUUUUCGUGGACACCGUUCAGGAACUGAACAAAACUUUUGAUCUUGUAAGUACUUUAAAAAAAAAAAAAUAUUGGUUACCUUGAACAUCUAAGACAGUGGUCGCCAAAUCGCAGCUAGCGAGCCGCUUGCGGCUCUUAAGCGACCUGAGUGCGGCUCGGAAGGUCGGACACGAAUCGGUUUUGACUCUGAAAAAACUUGGUUCUUGACAGGUUUUUGAAAAGAAAUUUGGCUCUCUGAAUUUUUGUAAUCGUCAUACUGCUGUUUUUUUUGGCUCUUUUGACUGACGAGUUAGCCGACCACUGGUCUGAGAUAUCGCCUUUACUUUGGUUUAUCGGCAUCGGAAGCAGUAGAAAGUAAUUCUAAAACGUAUACAGCUAAUUUUCUUUCCACCACCAAACUCACAGUUUAUAUUUUUCUUUUCAACUAUUGAAUAAUGUUACUCGCGUAGAGAGUUCAUUUUUGACUAUGAUUUAUGAAUCAUGCAAUAUAAAGAUGCAUCCAAAUGCUUUAUAAAUAUAAAGGCAAGCGUGUAAUUUCAUCCAUCUCAAGUAUAGAGGUAGCACGUGACCUGCUUUAAUAGUUAAUUGGUUUGGUCAAUGCCAUCUGAUAAGCGACUCAUUCAGUACAAACAAUUGUCAAGUUGUGUACUCAUAGAUGUGAGACAAUUGCCAAGUUGUGUACUCAUAGAUAUGAGACAAUUGCCAAGUUGUGUACUCAUAGAUGUGAGACAAUUGCCAAGUUGUGUACUCAUAGAUGUGAGACAAUUGCCAAGUUGUGUACUCAUAGAUGUGAGACAUCCUGGAGUAAUAUGGCUUUUUAUUUUUUACUUGUUACUGUUCUGUAAUGAAUAUAACUAUUAAAAAUACUCUUAACAAUAUAUAUUUUCUCAGAUUCCAUUUUCAAUGGUAAUGGAACACUGUAAGACAUCUGGAGCGGCAUCUUUAUUAGGUAAUAUCUUUUAGUAAUCUACCAUGUAUUUUAUUUAUUUAUCUAUUUAUUCAUUUUUAUUGCACUCGUGAUGUCUUAUUGAUAAAAUUCUCAUUAAAAAAUAACUCAAUGACAGCUUUGCACUAUGGUUUUAUUUCAUUGACAGCUUUACACUUUACAGUUAAACUCAGUGACAGCUUUACGCUUUAUGGUUUAACUCAGUGACAGCUUUACACUUUAUGGUUCAACUCAGUGACAGCUUUACACUUUAUGGUUUAACUCAGUGACAUCUUUACGCUUUAUGGUUUAACUCAGUGACAGCUUUACACUUUAUGGUUUAACUCAGUGACAGCUUUACGCUUUAUGGUUUAACUCAGUGACAACUUUACACUUUAUGGUUUAAUUCAAUGACAGCUUUACACUGUAUGGAUUAACUCUAUGACAGCUUUACACUUUAAGGCUUAUCUUUCCGAAAAGUUUGUCGUAUUGUGCUAACUUCUAUUUGAUAAUGUCUCUACAUCUCCAGCCGAUAAAACCGAACCACUUAAGAGAGACCCGGCUGUGAGGACAGUUGUGGAGUUCGGCUAUUCCCUCGAAGACGUCCUAGAAGUGGCUAAAGUUAUCAAAGGCAAAGGUAACUUGCCUAUUUAUUUUUUUGUCCUUAAAUUUAACAUUUCUGUGUGUGUUCUGAAAUCCCACCUUUGCCAAGGAAGUUGGACUUUAACACCACGUUGUAACUCCCAUUAACGUCAGAGGGGUCGUUUUGUGCAAAAGAAUUAAUUUGGACGCAGGGGUUCGAACUUCUUGGAACUGUCCGACAGGUCCCACAGUUAAAACAUAAUUUAUUCAUUUUUUUUUUCUAAUAGAGAAAUUAUGUUUUAACUGUAGGAUGCAUAAUUUUCUAUUAGAAAUGUUUUUAAAAAAAUAUUUCGUUUUUAAAUGGGAUAAAUUAAAAAGUUGGAUUGCUUUUUAAAUAAUGGAAUUUGAACACAAUGUGAGGGAGUACAACUACAACAAAUUCCUUGGUCAUCGUUGAAUCACAAUGAUAGGCUCGCUACGUGACGUAGCCACUCAUGAAAAUGAGAGUGAGAUACUUCACAUCUGGCUUGUUGGCCUAGAACAGUGGUACUCAACCUGUGGGUCGCCAGCUUUUUGGGCGGCCGAACGACCCUUACACAGGGGUUGCCUAAACAAUCGGAAAACAUACAUUUAUUAAGUGGCAACGAAAAAAGUUUGUGUUUGGGUGGUCACCGCAACACGAGGAACUGUAUUAAAGGGUCGCGGGAUUAGGAAGGUUGAGAACCACUUGCCUAGAAUGAGACAAUAGACUGAUAUUUAUGAGGGAGAAAACAAAAAUGGCUUUAUUUAUAAUUUACUUGCAAAAAUGCCUCUCCUUAGUUUAACAAUGUAUACAAUGAAGGUAUCUUUUAAAAAAAAAAGUCAUUUCUUCAUUACUAUCAAUAAGAACUAGAUCUGGAUGAUAGGCUUAAAACAAGUCUCGUAAAGCAAUCCCACAAAUAAUUAACAAGUCUCGUAAAGCAAUCCCACAAAUAAUUAACAAGUCUCGUAAAGCAAUCCCACAAAUAAUUAACAAGUCUCGUAAAGCAAUCCCACAAAUAAUUAACAAGUCUCGUAAAGCAAUCCCACAAAUAAUUAACAAGUCUCGUAAAGCAAUCCCACAAAUAAUUAACAAGUCUCGUAAAGCAAUCCCACAAAUAAUUAACAAGUCUCGUAAAGCAAUCCCACAAAUAAUUAACAAGUCUCGUAAAGCAAUCCCACAAAUAAUUAACAAGUCUCGUAAAGCAAUCCCACAAAUAAUUAACAAGUCUCGUAAAGCAAUCCCACAAAUAAUUAACAAGUCUCGUAAAGCAAUCCCACAAAUAAUUAACAAGUCUCGUAAAGCAAUCCCACAAAUAAUUAACAAGUCUCGUAAAGCAAUCCCACAAAUAAUUAACAAGUCUCGUAAAGCAAUCCCACAAAUAAUUAACAAGUCUCGUAAAGCAAUCCCACAAAUAAUUAACAAGUCUCGUAAAGCAAUCCCACAAAUAAUUAACAAGUCUCGUAAAGCAAUCCCACAAAUAAUUAACAAGUCUCGUANUUUUUUUUUUUUUUUUUUUUUUUUUUUUUUUUUUUUUUUUUUUUUUUUUUUUUUUUUAGUUUUUUUUUUUUUUUUUUUUUUUUUGCAUUACCGGCAUUGACUAGUUUUUUUCAGCCUCAUUAAUUUAGAAUUUUGUUACAAAGAAUUUUCAAAAGAAAUUUUGCUAGAAAGAAGCUUUUUAUUAAAAAAUACAAUGGUUAAUGUUUAGUUACUUUAAUCUUUUAUCUAGAGGUCAUUCUAUCAUCUGACGUCUUGCUGACGAAGUUACGAGAAUUGAGGAAACCAAGGCAUGUCAAAACGUCAUCGGAAACCAUGGAUGUGGAGAAUACAGCAUCAACCAGCGAGGAGGAUGAAGGUACAAAACAGUUAUCUGUGUUUAAAAUAGCAGGGGUGGGAGAGAGGUGGUAGGCGAGCUUAAGAGAGAGAGAGAGAGAGAGAGAGAGGGAGAGAUAAGAGGGAGAGAGAGAGAGAGAGGGAGAGAUAAGAGAGGGAGAGAGAGAGAGAGAGAGAGAGAAGAAAUCAUUUGAAAAAAUGCAGCUUAUAAUUAAUUCUUAUAUCACUAAAGUUUCAUAUUAAUCAAGAUGUUAGCAACCAGACCAGGCCGAGGGAAGAAAAUGAAUGGGCGUUGAAAGGGGGCAGGUGAGGCGUUAAAGGGAAGGGACCCCCCCCCCCCCGUGCCAUCCCAAGAGAACGCCAAAACCAAAAUUAUCAGUUUUAAUGGAAAAUACUAUAUUUCACUAUAUAACUUAUUUAUUUGAAAAAAUGCAGCUUAUAAUUAAUUCUUAUAUCAAUAAAGUUUCAUAUUAAACAAGAGGUUAGCAAACAGACCAGGCCGAGGGAAGAAAAUGAAUGGGGGUUGAAAGGGGGCAGGUGAGGCGUUAAAGGGAAGGGACCCCCCCCCCCGUGCCAUCUCAAGAGAACGCCAAAAUCAAAAUUAUCAGUUUUAAUGGAAAAUACUAUAUUUCACUAUAUAACUUAUUUAAUUAAUGUGUGUGUGUGUGUGUGUGUGUGUGAGGGGGGUGGUGGUGGUGUUGCCUUCAUUAAUGUUCUGUCCCUUGCUCGGUGUUUGUUCUGUCCAAGCCAUGAAAAAAAAAAAACACUAUUUUUUUCUUGUCAUCAAGACAGAUAAAUUAAGAUGAGUGAUCGAAGUUUAUGUAUGAACCAAUAUCAUAACAAUACGUUAUGCACUUUAUAUAGAGAUAAAAACUUCACCAGACAAAUAUAUAUGUAUAUUUUCCAACCCCAACAGAGGCCAUCAGACGGAUGAAAGAGAUGAACAACCAGCUCCGCCAGCAGACCGUGUGCAAGAUUUGUAUGGACAAGGAGGUGGCCGUCGUGUUCCUGCCCUGUGGUCAUCUUGUGUCUUGCGCAGAGUGUGCUUCGGCCAUGAAGGACUGUCCUGUCUGCAGGGUCACGGUCAAAGGCGUGGUCCGAGCAAUUUUAUAA